AUGGCAGCUUCACUACGAAUUCUUUAUGCUGGAAAGAAAUUGCGCUACCUCACGACACUGAAUGCUGUUGCACGCGAUGCAAGCAACAACGAGCGUCGAACAAACUGGCAACGAAAUCACUCCUGGAGCCAAGACGCUGAUUCGACACCUCAACCCCAAUCUCUAGAAGAUGUGCCAUCGAAGCUCCGCCUCCACGCCAUCGGCUACGAGGACAAGCAACAAACACAGGACAAGCCAAAGCCUGCGCAUCCUGGAGAGUAUGUCACCGCAUGGGGUGACUUUCGACCGCAGCCAUCAUCAUCGAAGGGCCAGACGAAAUCUCCGACUUGCAAGUCAACGUCGCGGACAGCCUCACUCCUGUUUUAUCUGCCAGAAGGGCUGGGAUGGGGAAUGCACCCGUAUCAUCUUAGACCGCAGAAACUCUUUACGUCCCCAAUAAUGCAAGCAAGCAGAAAGCAUCUCGUCGUAUCAUCCAUUUGCACAGCUGCUGGUAUGUCAAAGGAGAUGGAGGGCGCUCUAAAAAGCGCGAUGGUGUCUGCUCUUUCGUCGAAGUAUUCCAAAGUGCUUGAGGAAGCGAAUGUUGGGUGUCUUUGA